AUGGAUGGUGCGAGGCCACGGCGAGCGCACGCUAAAUCCAGAAAUGGCUGCCAGUGUUGCAAAGCGCGCAAGGUGAAGUGUGAUGAAACGAGACCAAACUGCAAAAAUUGUAUCAAGCAUGGAAUUCAGUGUUCUUUUGUCAAGGAGGCACCCUACACGAGGGUCAUGGCCUCACCAUCGGCGGGCACUCGGCAAAUGGAUUAUUCUCCGUCUGCCAGUAUCAACUCACUCAAUGCUCCCUUGGUAGAUGACCUUGUUAGUCCAGCAAUGGGCUUAGCUGAAAUGGAAUUGCUCCAUCAUUACUCAACCUCAACGUGCUAUACCAUAUCUCGCCUUCCAAUGCUCCAAACAGUAUGGCGCAUCAGAGUUCCCCAGUUUGGAUUCUCUUCUCCCUUUGUCCUUCGCGGUAUUCUUGCUCUCUCAGCGCUACAUAUGGCUCAUCUGAAACCGGAACGUCAUGCACAAUACGUUGCGCAGGCCGAGUUUCACCACAACCUGGCCCUGCAGAUGGUCUCUACGAUUAUGCCCAGCAUCAAUGAGGAAAAUGGCCCGGCUAUAUACUUGUUUUCAACAAUCACAUCUAUCGUCUCUUGUGCAAAGCCACGAUUGCCAGACGACUUCUGGGUAAUAGACGACAGAGACAUUGAAUGGCUGUCAUUGUUCCGAGGGACACGGUUUAUUAUUGCUGCAGCAGAGAAAACGAUCAAAACCGGAGCCCUGGAGCCAAUUUUCAAGAAUGGCCAGCGUAGGAGUCAUGCACGGAACACCAGAUCGACUGCCAACUUGACAUAUCUGGAUGAUCUUCGACAGCUCCUCAGAAACAGUGUGGCAGAUGCAAAGGAAUUGAACUGUUACUUUGAUGCCGUUAAUGAUAUGGGUAAAUCAUUCGCGACUGUGGAAGAAGAGGGUUCUCAAAAUUGCCAGACGGCCGAUGUGUUUGUCUGGCUAUUGCAGAUUUCGGAUGAUUAUUUACUCCUCCUUCACCAACGAAAACCCGAAGCCUUGGUUAUAUUCUCAUACUUUUGCGUGAUCACCCACGAACUGGAAUGGGCGUGGUGGAUGCAAGGAUUGAGUAUUCACCUGAUCCGUGGAAUCUACUCUUAUCUGGACGAGGAGUACCGCUGUUGGUUACAGUGGCCGAUGGAGCAACUAGGCUGGGUCCCAUAA